CUUUAACAACCUCCACAAAAGUACCACCUACCACUUGGCCAAGACUUGAAGGCAAUUGUCAGCUGAAAAUCUCACACCCCAAGAUAUAUACAGCCUUCAAACAUCAGUUACAUGCAAUCUCAUUGUUUUUUCAGACAAACAUCUCCACCUCCUACCUCCAUCUCCCCAGCUUCCUGCUAAUCAUACCCCCAAAUCACAAAGCCAGUAAGAUGGGCACUGAAGUUGUAAUGGUGGAUGAGGUCCCUUUUCCUCCUCAGAUCACAACCACCAAGCCUUUAUCUCUGCUGGGUCAAGGAAUUACCGACAUAGAGAUUCACUUUCUUCAAAUUAAGUUCACAGCAAUUGGGGUUUACCUGGAUGCUGAAAUUGUGUCACAUCUUCAACAAUGGAAGGCCAAGAAGGCAAGUGAACUCGCAGAAGAUGAUGACUUCUUUGAUGCUCUUGUUUCUGCUCCUGUCGAGAAAUUCAUUAGGGUUGUGGUGAUCAAGGAGAUCAAAGGGUCACAAUAUGGAGUGCAGCUUGAGAGUGCAGUGAGGGACAGAUUGGCAGCUGAUGACAAAUAUGAGGAAGAGGAGGAGGAAGCCUUGGAGAAAGUUGUCGAGUUCUUCCAAUCAAAGUACUUCAAGAAGGACUCCGUCGUCACAUUCCAUUUUCCUGCAACUUCUAACACUGCUGAGAUUGUGUUUAGCACUGAAGGGAAGGAAGAGUCGAAGAUCAAAGUGGAGAACGCAAAUGUGGUGGAGAAUAUCAAGAAAUGGUAUUUGGGAGGGACGAGAGGGGUGUCUCCUUCGACCAUCUCCUCCUUGGCCAACGCUCUCUCGGGUGAGUUGACCAAGUGAGUAGACUAACUGAAUCUGUAGUUCUGGGGAUUUGCAAUUGCAAGGCACUUUUUGAAGUUUGUGAAGUGGAAAAACCUGCUGUUUCUUGUGCUGUUUUAUGUAAUAAAAUCAAUUAUAUGUAGA